UUCAGUCUCAGGGGUAUGUCUGACACGUAGAUUGACGUUUUGUGGCCAGAAUAAUACAAUCGAGGAAUUUCUGGUUUAUUAAAACUUUGAAUAAAUCAUUAUUGUAGGGAAAAUAUACGAAGUCAUCUCUGUGUCAAACUACCAGAACUACCUACGAUCUAUUUCGAAGUGAAAAUGAUUGAUUUUUCUAUGCGAAGACGGUGAAAUUAGACAAAACAAGAACAUCGUCCCCCGUGAUUUCGCUGCUGUAUAACGAAAGCAUUUUUCCUAACUUACUAAAAAAACGGACUUUUGGAUCACUGGAAAAGAUGGCUAGUCCUAGAACAAGGAGAGUAUUGAACGAUUUGAAACCAAAUAAUAAUAACACUAAAUGCUUCGAAUGUGGAACGCAUAAUCCUCAAUGGGUGUCCGUGACAUAUGGUAUUUGGAUUUGUCUCGAGUGCUCCGGAAAGCAUCGUGGACUUGGAGUACAUCUAUCGUUCGUUCGCUCAGUUUCUAUGGACAAAUGGAAAGAUGUGGAGCUCGAGAAAAUGAAGGUCGGAGGAAACAAGAACGCUCGUGACUUUUUCGAUAGCCAGGAUGAUUGGGAUGAUACCUUAACGAUUCAGAAAAAAUACAAUACUCGUGCAGCCGCUUUAUAUCGUGAUAAAAUAUCAACUCUAGCCCAAGGUAAACCUUGGGAUCAAACCUCAGCUUUAACAAGGAUCAAGGAUGUAGGAUUUUUGUUUUCGUCUAACACAACCAAUAGCGGUGCUGGUGGAUUGACCCAUUCGAGAAGUAGUGGAUCUGUGCAAGCAAGUAAUUACUCAACAUCUUCCGGAGGGUAUCAGAACGGAGGAAACUAUCAGGAGACGAGCUACCAACAGUUCAAUACAGCCGAAUUCAAAUCGCAGAAAGAGGACUUCUUCAGUCGGAAACAAGAAGAGAAUGCUGCACGACCGGAUCAUCUUCCGCCAAAUCAAGGGGGGAAGUAUGCUGGUUUCGGAUACAGCCGAGAUCCACCACCGCGAAGUCAAUCGCACGAGCUAUUCGACUCAGUGCAAUCGUCUCUGGCUACUGGAUGGAACGUAUUCUCCAAGGUAGCUAAUGUUGCUAGGGAAAAUGCAAUGAAGUACGGAACGUUGGCCUCUCAAAAGGUAGUUGAGGUUUCUGGUACAGUCACUGAUAAGGUUAAAGAAGGUACACUCCUGGAAGGUGUUGGCUCGCAGGUUUCAAGUUUAGCCAACAAGGUAGGCGAGGUAGGUCGCAAAGGCUGGGGUAAUCUUAGUGGAGCCGGUAGUUACAACGCUACGGGAGGUAGUGAUCAGUACGACAGUUUCUCGUCGGAAGUCGGGUCCAGCGGUAGCAAUGGAUAUCAACGUUCUUCCUCCAAUGGGAAACUGAGCGGAAACGGUGCCAGCGCGGGCGGCGGUGAUUGGAAUUCCUGGAACAACGACAGUAACUCCAACGCUCUGAAGUCAUAUCAGAAUCCGGAGACCGAUGAUCAGGAAUGGACGGGAUUUGAAUCUCAUAUGACCACCGCAGUAAAAUCCACAGAAGAAGGGUUUCAGAAUGCGUCGCUUACAACGGCAGCAAACGAUUUGGCGAAUCAAAACACAUCUUCUUCCAACAGCCAGCAGAGAUCUAGCACUCGGGGCAGCAUGAAAAUGAAACAGAGUUCCAAUUUGGAAAGUGAUUUUGCUUCAUUGGACGUCAAAAGUACCACAGUUUCGGCUGCCAGUAAAAGGAACAAUAAUACAGAAGACGAUCUGUGGAACAUGCUGAACAAUUAAGAAUAUAGAAACGCAUUUGUGUGAACAGUUUUAUCAAUCAAUAUAGCUAUGCGGUUAGCGCAUCCAUGAAAGAUCGAUGAUAUUUUUUUAUAUUUUUAUUACUAAUUUAAAACAGUUUGAAGAAUAUUUAUCUCACAUGCCACUAUAUCUUGUUUGGUUUUGUUCGAAUCAACAAUAAAUUUAAUGGUUGAUGGUUAGCGAAGAUUCAAAGAAAGCUGUUAGGAAAAAAAGAGACAUUUAGCAAAAUAUUUCAAAUAUGUAAUUAGCUGGCAUUGUAAAUCAUGUUUUAGGUGAAAAAUAUAAUGAAGGAUUAUUCUACGAAGCAAAAUAUAUGUGCAAAAGAUAUACCAAGCAUUAUUUUUUGUGGUUCAUGUGAAAGAAAUAAAAAUGAUUGAUGAGCAAUUAUUACACCACAAA